AUGGAGCCGAUCGUAUUCAAAAGUUCGCGGAUAAUUGCUGCAGAGAGAGAACAACUGAAAGAAGCUCGUAAGAAUAUCAUAGAAAAAGCAAAAUCAGAUUUCCAGAAAGUUGAAAAAAGAAAAGAAGAGAGUAAGAAGCGUGGCUAUGAUGACUGGAUGUUACCAUCAGUGCUGGAGACAAUCGAUAAACAGAGUAGCCACAAGUCAAAAUCAAAGAAGUCCAAAAAAGAAAAGAAAAAACACAAAAAAUCAAAAAAAAAGAAAAAGCACCUUUCUUCAGACAGUGAUUCAGAUGACACUAAUGAAGAAGAGUUGACGUGGGUAGAAAAAGAUAUUGUCAAAAAAGCAGAAGAGGCUGUACCACUUUCAAAACCUGUUCUGCAGAGAGAUGAUUGGAUGGGAUUUGGAUUUGAUGCUUUACCAACUGUGAGCCGUCAAGAAAUAAAAGACAGCAAAAAAAAAUCAAAAGAUGAAGAGAAGAAACUCUUUGAACAGCCAGGUCAGCAUCAUCGAGAAUUGAAUCCUUACUGGAAAGAUGGUGGAGUUGGACUGCCACAGGAAGAGAAGAAAGAAAAAGAGUCAUCAUCUUUGCCUCACAUUUCCUGGCUAAGAAGAGCUUACAGGAGAUGUGAAGAAGAAGUUAAAGAGACAGGCCGUACUAUGGAGGAGGUGGCUGCAGAACGUUGGGGAUCUUUGAAGAAAUUACAAUCAUUGAUAAAGAAAGCGGAAAAAAUUGAAAAUGAAAAACGAGGUCAGUCAUAUGACCGAGACAGUUCAACUUAUCAUCCGACUAAGUCAUGGCGUCAGUCUUCAUCAGAUUUUCGAUAUUCUGAGGACAGGAAUCGGAGGUCUAAGUAUUUCUUGGAUCCUUCAAAGUCUUACCAAACCAAAUCUGAUUACCAACGAAUGUUUAAACGACCUUCUGAUUCUCCACCACCGGUGGAGAGAAGAACUGAUGACUCCAAUGUUUUGCCAUCAGAAUCAAGGCAUUCUCAUUCAAGAUCCAAUUAUGAUACCGGUCAGAGAGACAAUUCGGGGUUAAACAGAGACAAAUAUGGCCGACAUUCAAAUAGAGAAUCUGGGAGAGCCUAUGUUCCAACUUGGAAGAAGAAAACUGCUUCAUCCGAGGAGCAAGCAGAAAAACUUAGAGUGGCACAUUCAAUGGAUGAAGAAAAGAAUUGGAAAAAUACAACAAAGAAAACUUCAGAUUCAAACAGUAGCAGUUCUUCCUCAGAAAGUGAUAGCCCCGAAAUAAGAGAGGAGGAGGAAGAGGAGGAGGAACGACCCCCAUCUCCGGUCAUUCUGACAGAAGACCAAAUGAAUGAUUUGUCAGCAAAAAUUCUUAGAGCAGAAUUGAUGGGUGAUGAUGAACUUGUUGAAAGUCUUCAAAACAAAAUGAAGGCUGCCCAGAAGGCUAAGGCUGACUCUUCUACUGCUAAAAUAAAACAAGCAUCAAAAGAUCAACAAGAAGUUCUGCUCACUCAUAUAGAUCGUAAUGGAAUGGCAUGGCCAUUACUUGAUAAAGAAGAAAGAAUGCCUCAAGGAAAACAGAGAAAGAAAAACAUCAAAACACAUGGGAAUACUGGAGAACGUCUGCAAUAUUUUGAUGAUGAUGACAAAUAUGACUUAAAGAAAUUGGUACAGCGUGAGAAAAUGAGCUCAGCAGAGGAUCAGAAUAGUAUGUUUUCUCGACUUGCUGGAAGUUCAGUUGAAAAGACAGAUGAAGAUUAUCAAGUUGAUGAUAUCUUUGUGUCUCGUGCUGCUAAGAAAGAUUCAGAAGCAAAGACAUUUGAUCUGCAAAAGGCUCGUGCCAUAUUUGAACAUAAAAAGAUGUCUUCAGCCAUUGAAAACUGUAAAUUAUGUUUUGAGAAAGUUGCAAAACAUCUCCUUGUUUCCAUUGGACAAAAAUCUUAUAUAUGCCUUCCUGAUGGUCCAUCAUUAACAGAAGGGCAUUGUUUAAUUAUUCCAAUACAACACAUAACAUCCUCAACUGCCAUGGAUGAAGAUGUUUGGCAAGAAAUUCAAAAUUUUAAAAAAGCAUUAGUGAAAAUGUUUUCAGACCUGGGAAAGGAUACGAUCUUUAUGGAAACAAGCAUGCAUCUGAAAAAAUUUCCUCACGCCUGCAUUGAUUGUGUCCCUCUAGAGCGAGAUGAUGGCAUGAUGGCACCAAUGUAUUUUAAGAAAGCCAUCUUAGAAUCUGAAAGUGAAUGGUGUAUGAACAAAAAACUUGUUGAUAUCUCAAAGAAAGAUAUCAGAAAAUCUAUUCCAAAGGGAUUUCCCUACUUUAGUGUCAACUUUGGACUGGAUGGAGGAUUUGCACAUGCUAUUGAAGAUGAAAAGAAAUUUUCUUUUUACUUUGGAAAGGAAAUUAUUGGUGGUCUUAUUGAUGCAGAUCACAGUUUGUUUCGCAGGCCACAAAAAGAACAGUUUGAAGUUCAACGUCAAAAAGUCUUAAAAUUUGCCAAAAUGUGGAAGUCAUAUGAUUUUACCCAAAAUGAAUAA